AUGCAUGACUCGCCUGCCUGCGACGCAAGCGAGCCGCACGUCUUUUGCAAGAUCUUGCACCAGCUGUGUCAGAAGGGUCUCUUCCUCGGUGCCAUUUGCAACUUGCCAAGCGAUACCUGGUCAACUGCUGCUGAGCAAAUGUCGCCAGACCCUCCGCGAACCUCGCAUGCGCUGCGGCGAGCCUCACAACUUUGGGGGUUGCGUGAGCUCUCUUCGCGUCAGUGCUCGGAGCUUGCGCUCAGCAACCGCGUUUUGCAGCGUAGUGCUGUUCGCAGUUUGGCUUGCGGGGGGGGGGUCGUCCUCUUGGAACACCCGGGCCGUCCGAGCACCGCCUCACCUUGGAUCCUGCCUCAGAUUCAGCAAUGGCUGCAGAUGCCGGACGCUCUGCGGUCGCAGCACUUCAGCUUAAUCGCGCUUUCGCCAGUGCUUUCGCUCACCUCGCAAAGCAGGUUCGUCUUCUUGGUCUUCUGGAUGUGCCUCUCCAAUCCCAACAAGCUGAACUGCAUCUACCGUGUGAACUGCGACACGCAGAGCUCCCUCGCCUGCAAGAGCAUCCCAGUGUUGACCCAGGUGUCGGUGGGCGGCACUGGCGGGUGCUUCCUGGGCUCCCAGCUCAAGUAUUGGCAGAACGUGACGGAUGCGUUGCCAAACUACGUGCCGAAAGAUCCCGAGCAUCCGCAUUGGCUUCCUGAUCCCUCAGAGGACUGCCUGCCGCCGGCGGGGACCUUGGCGAAGAUCCCCCUGGAGUCUAAGAUGAUCAGCACGGGCCUGGGCUACCAGGCCGAUGUCAGGAGUCUCCAUCUUGUCGCUUGCCCGUGGUUUUUCACCACUUCGGACCCGGCAAAGUGA